AUGAAGCCGACGAGGCUGCCGGUGACGACGGCGGCUGGCUGCCCUUGGUUGACUGACCGACCCCAAGAGACCUGGUCCCGACCUGUCGUCUCGUCCGAUCUCUCCGGCUCCAGACUGCAAUCACGCACGCAAUUAAUCACGUCGUCUUGGCCCGGCUCCAGACUGUGGCCCCCCCCGACAGCCUCCAGUCCCGGACUUGGUCGUGGCGGUAAAGGCAUCGUGGACGAGGCGACCCAUCGACAAGACCCGGCUCCGACAACCGUCGUCUCCGGCUUAAAUUCAGGGCGCCGUCGUGGCUGCGCGCUGGCGGGGGGGUUCAGGCCGGGACGCCUGCGCUCCCGAGGGACUCGAAUGGCAGCGAGAGAGCGAGUGAGGGGUGGGCGGCGGCGCGCUAGACAGCACCGGCAGACGCUACCAUUCGGCGCCUAG